AUGCUUCCUCCAUUUGUGCUGAUGGGCUGCUUCAGCAUUGGUACUGCGGUUAGUAAGAACGCUGCUAGUAUUCUAUUAACUCGAUUUCUGGGGGGAAUAUUCGCAUCGGCACCGAUAAGCAAUGUUCCCGCUGCAUUGGGCGACAUGUGGUCGCCAGAAGCCCGAGGAAUCGCAAUGGCAUUCGUCUCCAUUUGCAUUUCAGGGGGUCCAACCCUAGGCCCCAUCAUUGGGGCGGCAGUAGUCAUUCGCCCAGGUAUGGGCUGGCGCUGGACGGCAUACAUCGAGGCCAUCAUUAUGUUUUUUCUUUACCUCUUAUCUUUCUUCUGCCUCCCCGAGACCUUCGCACCGAUUAUUUUAAAGCACAAGGCUGAGGAGCUGCGCAAGAGCACUGGGGAUCAGCGAUAUUGGCAUCCGCAUGAAAAGGAGGAGAUCAAUGCAAGGAAUGUGAUAACCAAAUAUUUUGGCCGCCCGUUGAGAAUGCUUGUGACGGAGCCUCUAGUGACAUGCUUCAUCGGUGCUGGCUUUACUCUGGUAUUCCAACAAUGCUUGAACUUUCUCGUCGACACAUACGGUCCCUACGCAGCAAGCGCUGUCUCUGCAAACACUAUCCUUCGGUCUGUGCUGGCUUGCGCUCUACCUGCUGCGGCAGCACCGAUGGCCCAUACGAUGGGCAUUGGUCCAGCGAUAAGUCUUCUUGGGGGAAUUUCCUGCCUAGUACUCCCAGUUCCAAUCUUGUUCAUGAAAUAUGCCCCAGCUCUUCGACAGAAGUCGAAGCUCGCUGUUGCUGAUAGCUAUUAG